AUUUUCUCUCAUUUCUUUAAUUAAUUCACUGACUCAUCGUGAUUAGAAUGGAUUUUCGACUACAUCGCUUGAUAACGAGGUGUGUUGUAUCUUAAUCACGGUACAAAUGAAAUCGCCCGGAUGUAUAGACUUGCGAAAAGUUUCCAAUCAGUCAGUCCCAUGAAGGGAACCCUCGGAGAGCUCGGAAAAGUCUAAUAUUUUACAAGAUGGUGAAUCAGGUCUUAAUUGUCCUAUAUAAUAAACUCCAUACUAGCUUAGCUCUCUUCAUCCUGAGAUUAUCGUAUGCAGCAACAACAACAUCAGCAGCAACAGUCUUCUUCUACACUUUCUGUGCAACAAUGGCGGGCUCUUCAUUUAUCUCCGCAGCCACUAAAAGGCUAGAGGGCAAGGUCGCGCUAAUCACCGGAGGAGCCAGCGGGAUCGGCGAGAUCACAGCCAGAGUCUUUGCCCACCACGGUGCCAAAGUCGUCAUUGCCGAUGUCAACGAUUCGCUCGGCCACUCCGUCUGCGACUCCCUUGGCCGGGACACCGCCUCCUUUGUCCACUGCAAUGUCACCGACGAGUCCCAAACCAAGGCCGCCGUCGCCGAGGCUGUCUCCACCUUUGGCAAGCUCGACAUCAUGUUCAACAACGCCGGGAUCGGCGGCCUGAACAAGACCCGCAUCAUCGACAACGACAAGGCUGACUUCGAGCGCGUCCUCGCUGUGAACGUAACCGGCGUCUUCCUCGGGGUGAAGCAUGCGGCGCAGGCUAUGAUCCCGGCGCGGCGCGGGUGCAUCAUCAACACCGCCAGCAUCAGCUCCGGCCUUGGCGGUGCAGCCUCGCACGCCUACACGUGCGCGAAGCACGCGGUGCUGGGGCUGACGAGGAACGCCGCCGUGGAGCUGGGGCAGUUCGGAAUCCGGGUGAACUGCCUGUCGCCCUAUGCCUGCGUAACGCCGCUGGCGACCGAGUUCGUCGGCGUGGGCCCCGCGGAGCUGGAGGCGGCGAUGGGCGCGUUGGCAAACCUAAAGGGGGUGACGCUGAAGGCGGAGGACGUGGCAAACGCCGCCCUGUUCCUGGCGGGCGACGAGGCAAGGUAUGUCAGCGGCCACAACCUGUUCAUCGACGGCGGCUUCAGCGUCGUCAACCCUUCGUUCCGCAUGUUCCAGUAUCCCCCCGAGGAGGCCUGAUUGGGCCGAGUCGGGUCUCACGUGAAUCCCAUUAAUCGACCGGAUUCGAUUGCGGCCUCAUUUCUUGGGUCGGGCCGGAGAUUUGAAGGGCCCACAGUGACAUCGGUCGGCUGAAAAAGGAGGAAGAGUUCAAUUUUCAUUUUUCCCGAUGCUAGACAUCUUAAUACCAAUUAUAAUAAAGGCUAUCUAAAAGAGAGAUGCAUGCAAUUACAAAA